AUGAAAGAUUAUAAACCACAAGAAAUCAAAGUAUCAGUUAAAAAUAAUGAACUUAUUGUUCAAGGUGAACAUCGACAUAAAGAUGCCAAUCGUUCUGAACGAUCAUUCUUCUUUAAAUCAACAACACUACCACCUGGCACACAAGUUGAUCAUCUUGAAUCUCAUUUAACAGAGGAUGGUCAAUUAAAAAUUGAAGCACCAUUUAUUGAACAAAAGGAAACUCCAAAAUCGAUUGAAGGCGAAAAGAAGAAAGAAGGCGAUUAA